ACACCAAGCCAUGCAAGUCAUCAAAUUCAUUCUCUCUAAUAAAAGAUGGCCACAUAUUAUGCCACCACCACCACCUUGUUCCUCCUCCUUGCCGUGGCCACAACCACCCUUUGCCUCCAAGAAGUGGAGGUGCUCCAAAUGGCCCAAAACCAUGUUUCUAAGGCCAAAAACUGGGUUGGCAACUCUUUGAGACUGUAUGACUUGGAAAGCCAAACUCUUACUUCUGAUCAAACAAGGGCUAUAGCCCUUAGAGAUUGUGAGAAACUCUAUGAAGAAAGUGAGUCUAGGCUCUCUCACAUGAUGUCUGAAGAGAGCAGUUACUCUAAAGAAGAUGCACUCACAUGGGUAAGUGCUGUCAUGACAAAUCAUAGGACUUGUUUGGAUGGAUUGCAGGAAAAAGGAUAUGUUGAAGCUCAGGUUUUGGACAGAAACCUGACCAUGUUGCUUAAGCAAGCUCUUGUUUUGUAUUCAAAGACUAAAGGCAAAGUUGGCAAAGGACCACCUGAGGGAACAAUAUCCAAAUCAGAUGUUGGUGAUUUAGAAUCAUGGAGUCCAACAAACUAUAAUCCAGACUUCACAGUGGCACAGGAUGGUUCAGGGACCCACAGAACAAUCCAAGCAGCAGUGAGUGCACUAGCUUCAAUGGGCCACAACCGUCCUGCGAGAGCAGUCAUACAUGUAAAAUCAGGGAUCUAUAAUGAGAAAGUGGAAAUUGGAGAGAAACUGCGCAAUGUUAUGUUUGUAGGAGAUGGCAUAGACAAAACAAUUGUCACUGGCAACAGAAAUGUUGCUCAAGGUUCUUCCACUAUGGGUUCAGCCACAUUUGAUGUAUCAGGGGAUGGAUUUUGGGCGAGAGACAUGACUUUUGAGAACACAGCAGGCCCAGAAAAGCACCAAGCAGUGGCACUCAAAGUAAGUUCAGACUUAUCAGUCUUCUACAGGUGCAGUUUCAAAUCCUACCAAGACACUCUCUAUGUGCAUUCAAACCGCCAAUUCUACCGAGACUGUCACAUAUAUGGUACCAUAGACUUCAUCUUUGGUGAUGCCACAGUGGUGCUACAAAACUGUGACAUCUUUGUGAGGAAGCCAAUGAGCCACCAAACCAACUUCAUCACAGCACAAGGGAGAGAUGACCCUCACAAAAACACUGGCAUCUCAAUCCAGAGUUGUAGGGUUAGGCCUGCAUCUGAGUUUGCCACACUCAAGGACUCUCAUAGCACCUUCCUGGGGAGGCCUUGGAAGAAGUAUUCUAGGACUGUGUUUCUCAAGACUGAUUUGGAUGGAAUGGUGCACCCUAGAGGGUGGGGUGAGUGGAGUGGAAACUUUGCACUGUCAACUUUGUACUAUGGUGAGUAUAUGAACACAGGAAGUGGUGCAUCUACACAGAAUAGGGUUAAUUGGCCUGGUUUUCAUGUGCUGAGGAGUGCUAGUGAGGCAUCACCCUUCACAGUGACUCAGUUUCUGCAAGGUGAAAGGUGGAUUCCAGCUACAGGGGUGCCUUUCUGGUCUGGAAUUUGAAGUAGUAGUGUGAUCAUGUUUAUCAUUAAUGGCUGUAAGCCUGUAACUAUAUGUUAUUAUAUUUUAUUAUCGAUGUAUCUAUGCUAGCUUUUAUAAAUAUAAAGCUCUCCUUCCACGAAACUAAUAUAUGUAUACAUUAUUAUUUUA